AUGGUGCUGACAAAGAACAUGAAGUUGAAGUUGAACAUGUAGACUGUGAAACCAUUGAUAGCCGUGGGAAGAGGAAGGAAGCUGACACACCGUGUGGAGAGAGUUCUCGGGCAAAUAAGAUGCCAAAAGUUAUUGUGCCGAGGUCAGGUGUGUGGAAACACUACACCAGAACAAAGGAGAGCCGUGACAAGUGCAUUUGUCACUACUGCCAAAAGCUUUUCUCAUGCCAGACAAAGUCAGGAACUUCCAAUCUCCAGAAGCACCUGCAAAUCUGCAGAGAGUACCAAGCUCACGUGAUCAGCCAAGGGAAGAAUCAAGCUAGGAUCGAUAAUGAAGGCAGUGUGAAAUCAUCAAAGGUGUCUGAGACGGUUUUCAGAGAAGCCUCAAAUGAGUUAUUGGUGUUAGCUGAGUUGCCUCUUUCUUUCAUAGAAAGUACAGGCUGGAAAUACUUCUGCAACAAGGUUAACCUUUACAAGCCCCACUCAAGAAGAACUGCUACUAGAGAUAUUGUGGAGAUGUUUGUGAAGAAGAAGGAGGCGUUGAAGAGGUGGUUGUACACUAACCAGCAAAGAGUUUCACUCACCACUGACAUUUGGGUUUCUCAGGUGACAGGUGCAAGUUACAUGGUUGUAACUGCACAUUUUGUUGACCCAACAUGGCAGUUGAAGAAAAUCAUUCUUGGAUUCAAAUUUGUCAUGGAUCAUAAAGGUCAGACAAUUUCUACUGUUCUUCUCGAAUGCUUAGCUGACUGGGGAAUUCAGAAAUUGUUUUCUAUUACGGUAGACAAUGCUACUGCUAAUACCUCAGCUAUUAGGAGAUUCCAUAGGCAGUUCAGUGAAGUGUCGCCUGAUGCUCUGGUUUUAGAUGCUAAGGAGGGUUUAGGUGAUUUAGGAGAAAAUGUUUUGGCCAUCCGGAAUGCAGUUCAGUACGUCCGUUCUUCCCCCCAUAGGUUGAACGCAUUUGAGCAGAAGGUUACUAGCGGGAAGAUGACACGAGGUAGCCUGCCUCUAGAUGUUAAGACUAGGUGGAAUUCAACAUUUCUCAUGCUGUCUAGAGCUUUACAGUUUAGAGUUGCUUUUGAUAAGAUGGAAGCAGAGGAUAGGUUGUAUAAUGACUACUUUUUAGAAGUAGAAAAUGGGGUUAAGAGGCAAGGACCGCCUGAUGUUAUUGAUUGGAAUGCUGUGGAGAAGCUUAAGAGGUUUCUAAUCAUAUUCUACAACAGCACCUUGGUUGUCUCUGCUUCCUCAAAAGUCAACUCCUACAAAUGCUAUGGGGAGAUAGUGACAAUUGAGAGGAAUCUCACAGCACUGGCUAACAACUUGGACCCAGAUUUGAAGCUGAAAGCUGAGGAUAUGUUGCACAAAUUUCUGAAGUAUUGGGAUGGCAUGAAGAAUGUGAAUAGGAUGUUGAUCAUUGCAUCAAUAAUCGAUCCAAGGAAGAAGAUGGGUUUCGCCAACUUAUGCUUUGAGAAAUUGUAUGGGAAGGAUAGUAUCGAGUCCAAAGAGAUGAGUGCGUCUGUUCUUGAUCUCCUUACAAGCAUGUUCCAGGAGUACUCUGGUCGUUUCAGAGUUGCAAGUACUCAAUCCUCUCAGACAAAGCAAGCACCAUCUGCGAGUGUUCAGGAGGCUCAAGAGCAAAUGGAGAGAUUGAAGUUGGUCGUUGAAGAUUUUGGUUAUGAGAGAAUGGAUUCUGUGUACAAGGAACUUGUGGCUGAAACAGAAAAUGAGGCAAGAGAUGAGCUGGAAAUGUACUUGAAGGAACCUGUUGAGAACCAGAAGCUUAUGAUGGGAUUUGAGUUUGAUAUUCUCGGUUGGUGGAAGGUGCACAGAAUCAAAUUCCCAGUCUUGGCAGAGAUGGCAAGGGAUCUACUUGCGAUGCAGCAAUGGAUGAAAGCUGAUAUCAAGUUUGCUGAAAAAGUCCAAACUAAUGAACAGAUUCUAGCUGAAGUUGAAAUGCUAGACAAGCUUGAGAAAGAGUUUGAGAGCGUAAGAAUUGAAGAUUGA